AUGGACCCCAGACUUUACUGGCUUCAAACUCCCUCGCGCUCUUCAUUGUGCCGCAGAAGUCACGUGAAGCAGGCAGCCAAUGGCGGCGCGGGGGCGUGGUUGCCGCAGAAGAAGGAGCACCGGCAGGGACCCGGGCAAAGGCUCCGGCUCGGCCUCAGCUCCUGGCUCCGGCUCCGGCUCAGGCCCCAUCGCUCUCCCGCUCCCGCUCCCGCUGCAAGUGCCAGUGCCCGCCGCCAUGGCGGCCAUCCUGGGGCCCAGCGCCCUGGCUCGGCUCCGCUGGGGCUCGGCCUUCUGCUCCAUCGCGGCCGGCGGCUUGGGCGCCUUCGCGGCCGCCUUCGCCAAGCUGGCCCUGAAGCCGACGUCCCGGGGCCCGGAGGAGGAGGAGGAGCAGGAGCUCCCUUACCCGCCCGCCAUGCAGGCCUGGCUGACCCUGAUGUUCCGGCUGAUGGCCUUUUCCUUGAUGAUUGUCAGCAAUUCCCUCAUGUGGGCCUUCUUUUCCAAGCGCUCAGCAUUUCCUCCUCCUCUGCCACGGCCUCAUUGACAAUGACUGCUUCUAACAUCAUUGCCUCGGCCUUCCUGGGUUACCUGUUGUAUGGAGAGUACUGUGCAGUGAUGUGGUGGGCUGGCGUCGUCCUGAUCCUCUAUGGACUGGCACUGAUGCACAUAAGCUCGUCGGCCGACGAGGAGCUCGAGGAAAAGAAGAACCAGUAGGGCCCCCCCCGAAGGCGACCGUUCCUCGUGCUGCUGUCAGCCCUUCGGGACCCCCGGCCUCCAUAAGGCCACCGAGUUCUGGGGGAGCAGUUGUGUUCUGUUGUUGUUGUUGUUUUUUUAAUUCCUAUCUAUGGAAGAAACCAAUGCUAGACACCAUCUGAUUGAAUCAUGCUUCAAGGAUCUCUUCAGGCAGGGUGUACUCAUGUCUCUAGGCCUCUGGCAAGCAGAUUUGUGCUUCUGACUCGGUUGGGAAAUUCUGCUAGAUGUCUAGAAAUCCCAGGGAGAAAGCGGAGUUCUUGCUGGAGUUGUGGUUCAGAUGGAUCUGUUCCUUGUCUCCAGGGGACAGAUCCAAGGAGGAGGCUUUGCCUCUGGUGAGUGUUUCUCCUUGGGGCAUCUUAGACAGAAUAGAGGAGGCUGACCUUGGGGUUGACCUUGGGUCUGAGUUUUUCUUGUUCUCUCUGCGGAGCUCCAGUGAUGCCAGAAGUAUGUUUAUCACAAACCCUAAAUCUUAAUUUCAUGGGAUUUAAGGUCAGUUGGUAUUGAUAUAUGUGCCAAUAACAAUUAAUAAGCACCUAGACGAGACCAGGCCCUGAGGAAACCAAACCGUGAGACUGUGCCAUUCCAUGCCGUUCCAUGCCCUGGAGGUAUAUGUAGUCUGUUUGAGAGGGAACAAAGAAGAAUGAUACUGAGUAGAAAGUGAUUAAAAAGCCCUCUCCCUCUCUCACCGAAAAAAAAAGGAGGGGAGGGAUAAAAAAGCAAAGGGAAGAUCUAAGAACAGGAUUUCUUAACCUUUUUUGGUUCAUGGGCCCCUUUGGCAGGCUGAUAAAGCCUAUUAGUCCCUUCUAAGAAUAUGAGUUUUUAAAAUAAUUAAAUAAACUACAUAGGAUUACAAAGGAAAUUCAAUUGACAUUCAGUUAUCAAAAAAAAAAAAAAAAGAUUAAAACAAACUAAUACAUGGACACCCAAUUUAAGAAUUCCUAAUCUAAGACAAUGCAUCAUAAGAUAUUCAAGAAGGUGCCCAGGUUAAGAACCCCUGGUCUAAGAUAAUGUGCCAUAAGGAAUUUUGAGGAGGAAGAAGACCAUGCCAUAAGGAAUUUUGAGGAGGAAGAAGACUGUGCCAUAAGGAAUUUUGAGGAAGAAGAAGAGGAGGGAUCCAGAAAAUCUACACAGAGGAAAUGGUUACCAAGUUGAUUAAUGAUUUCAGAAAGAAGAAGUGAAGAAAAUGAGUUGUACAUAGGGAAGAAAGACUUGGCAAAUGGAGGAGUGAGGAAUAGCUAGUUGUUUAGUUUGAGUGAAGGGAGAAUUCAUGGAAGAAGGUUGUAGGAAAUAAGGCCAAAUAGGGAGGUAGGAGCCGGACUGGAAAGGAUUCAGAUGUCAGGUGCACCUGCUAGGGGGUCUCCACAAGUAUUUACUAAGCUACUAUGUGCCAAACACAGCAUUAAGUAUUGGUGAUACAAGACAAAAAAUGAACUAUCCCACCUUUUUUAGACAAUAUGAAUGUUACUGUAGACUGCAUAAAGUGCUAAAUACAAAUCCGUACAAAGUAAUUAUGGAUUCUACUUCCACUGUCUACAACCUUCAAAAGAUAAUCAAAAUUUACUCUUAAUUCUUCUGUAGCACUUGCAUUUCCGACAAUGAUUUGAACAUCCCCAAAGUAUAUUAGGGAGGCUUUCCACAGUCUGGCUCCAUCUUUCUCUUCGGGUAUGAAGGAACAAAGUCACCCCCCCCCAAGAAAACAAAAUCAGGGAGAUUGUUCAAGGAAGUAUGGGAUGUAAUUAUAAUGAGUAUUCCAAGAAAUAUAAAACGGAAUUCUUAAAAAAAAUUGAUAAACAUACAGUUGACACCGCUCUGGGGCCUCCUCAGCUCACUGGUGAAUCCCUGGCCAGGAUCCCUAUUUCCUGAAGAGCUCUAACCACGCCUGUGCUUGCUUCAUGCUCAGCUCUCUUCCACCUGCCCCACCUGCUUAGCAGCCUCCCCUUCGCUUGAUUCCCCAAAUCCCACCCCAGCCCCCUUCUAUGUGUUGUAUUCCUGCAUUAGGAUGUAAGCUCCUUGAGAGGAGGAACUGACUUGUUUGCUUGUAUUUGUAUAGUAUAGUGUCUAGCAUGUAAGUGCUUAAUAAAUCUAGCAAUCAAAAAGA